GGGGGCGCUUAGCUUGUAUUUUACCGUGUUAACUCCUUUCCUCCCAGCUCAACGACCUUUUCACGCUCCUCUAUGCUCAUUAUCUCUCAUGGGAACUCUAAUUGACAUCCACUCUACAGUUCCUUCGGAGAACUGGGACGAAGAUUUUGAAUUUCAUGCCAGUCCGAAUAACCACAAAUGCGUCUCAUUACCUUCGCAUCCGACGAGGGCAUCGACAACCAGUACCGCCUUCACGGAAGAUUGGGACAAGGACGCAGACGUUUCCCCUUUAUAUGAUUCACGGCCCUUUGAAAUGACUUCAACGCAAACCCCACAGGAAAAUCCAGAUUUUCACUUGACUAGCUGGGCUGAACCUGGCCCUUCUACACCCACGAAACGGCCUUUUUCAAGCUCUACAGAAAACUGGGAUGAUGACUUUGAGGAUAAAACCAACUCUCCUGCAAUUAGAAUAAGCCCAAGGAACCGUCAAGGAGACACCAUUUCUCCUUCGCGUCCCCAAUUUGAGCCAGAGAGCUGGGACGACGAAUUCGACCUCGCUUCUCCCGCCACACUCCCCAAAUCUAGAGCGUCCGUGAACGACCGUGUGCAUUCUGGGUACGACGACGAAGAAGAUGACGAUAUGGAUUUCAAUCUUCACGAUAAAGACGAAGAUCGUACAGUGACUGCUCGUUCUAGACGUAACGCUCUGCCCCGACUAAGUACCUCUGACGCGGCGGCAACGUUCAACGCGACGCCUCCGCCCCCAGUUCCACCUAUUCCAAUGUCACUUCUUAACGCGAACAAUUCAACAGCCCUACAUUUCCCUCGUUCCCCUACUACUUCCGUCUUCUCGGCACCCUCAGUCAACUCGGGUCGAAAUUCUGUCGCGUACUCUUAUUACCAUAACAGUUCAACGACCCACCUCCGUCCCACGGUAUCGCGUCAGUCUACGACUGGCUUCGCCAACCUUCCACCUAGUCCACCUAUUCACAAAGAAAGAGAGAGACGACGGUUGAGGAAGAAGAGUCGGCCUGAUCCUGCCUCCCUCGAGCUCAACUUCCGUGAACCCCUCCCUAUUCGAUCCGUGAACACGAGCGUGGAAAGUGUGGGACUGCGAGAAGAUCGUAAUGGCCGACCUAUAACGCCGCAGACUGCGCCUCAUUCAUCAUCAUCCUCGCUACCUCCUGCUGCUGAGCCAUCCACCUCUCCUCCAAUCACCACAGAUAACAGGAACAGCAUCUGGCAAAAUUCCGGACCUUCAUCACCACCAACCAAAAUGCCAUUGUUGAGCAGAAUAGGUAGUGUGAAAAAGUGGGGUGUGCGCAAGAAGAGGGCCAGUUCUACCCCUAGCGAGUUGAUGGUACAAGAAGGAGACAUUCAUGCAGAUAUCAGUAUGACAGGGUCAUCACCGUCGUAUUCACGGUCACCCUCCAAGUCGAGCAACUGGUUUUCUCGCGUGACUAGUGGUGGUGGGCCUGUAUUCGAGAUAGGGAGGAAGACUUCAGUAACACUGCUGGCCGAUCGUGCCGAGGAAGAAUCCGUUAUCAACAAGCUCGCACUUACCCCCAAGGCUCGGAAGAUAACUCCUCCUGGUGCUUCGAACUCGGAAGAUACAUCCGCGAAACUAGUGAAGAGAAAGAGCAGCGGUUUCGUCCCUCUGAGAAGGGACAAGGGUCUUGUUAAUGACAAUAGUGCCAUGCACGAAGCCGGGGAAUUGCCUUUAGAUCUCGAGCAAGAGCUGGGACUCGAAUCAGAUACUGCAUUGGGAAGAAGCCCUUCGAAAAGAAAGAAAGAAGUUGUGACGCACCAUAUACAUCAGGGAGGUGGACAUAAUCCAUCAUAUGGGGGUCUGGGCUUGGGAAGGGCGAGAAAGCCGCAUGAGAGUAGCUCAGAAGAUCUGACUGAGAAGGAAGCGAUGCGCUCGAGAGUUAGGUCUUUUACCCGGUUCAAGGGCAAAGCCAGGGAACUGCCUGAAGACAAGGAGGGUCAUCGUAAUUUCAUGGGGAAUGUACAGAGAAUCAGCUUAGUCGGAAGACACAAGCGAACGAAGAGCGGCGUUUCUCUGGUUUCGGUAGAGGAAAUUGGGAAGGAUCCACCACCACUUCAUAGGAACUAUUCGGAGGGAGAUGAACCAAUGAAUACAGACUCUGAAGCCCACCCUGCAUUAAGGACGCCUUCACGAUCAUCGGGUUUGCUCCCGCCUAUCGAGCUCCAGCCUCCUUCUCCUCCUCGAGUCGCCAGCGAUGAAACCAUUGGGAAAACCGCACAAGCCUCCUCGCCUGCCAAUAUUGAGACCUUGUUGCUACCGAGGACGCCCCCGUCAACAAGUCCUCCAUCCUUGGUCCUCGCGCUAAAGAAACCUCCAACGUCUCCGCAGGCAGCAUCCCUCGGACGAUCUACCGUCGCACCCGCCAUUGCCGGCAGCAGCGCUGUGCGGGAUUAUAACGUACCACGGCGGAAUUCGUUAGGCGACCUCAAGAUUCCAGCGAGGAUUAGCCAAGCGCAGGUUGGACUUCGGCGAGAUUUGGGCAUGGUCAGAGAAUUUGCUGCGAAUGUCGAACAACUCAAAGAGCUUCAAGUAUCGUACAUUACCCUUGUGUCGGAAGUUCAAGGAGUUUUAGACACCUACGCUCAGCAAGCCUCUUCUCGCGCAACAUCCCCGAAUUUUUUUGGCCGUUCACCAUCACGAUCUCGCAAUCGUUCUAAUUCCGCCUCAGCACAGGGCACAGGUCAACCGCCCCCUCAACAGGCCUAUAAGCAAUUCGUUGCCGCCUUCUACACAAUCAACUCCAAAUACAAGAUUGCAUGGGAGUGCGCAGAGCUGCUUAUAGAGCUAGGGACUGGCUCCGCGGGUGCAUCACCACCCUCGACGAGCGUAUCUGUUCCGACUAUGUCCACCACAAUCAUCAACGAGGCAAUAAAGAGCAGAGAAAGAGCCAUUACACUAUCAGGUGAAGAGUCCAAGCCACCGACACCCGUACCCGGCCAGAUGUCGUCCAGUCAAAGUGCUGGUCCGCCUAUUGCCAGCCCUCCCAAUUUAGCUUGGCGUGCUUCCACUGGUCGACAUGACCUGAGCCAUAGGCAACUCUUACUUCUUCGAGAGAUGCUCAACAAUCCGGAUACCUCUCAAGUCAUCGAUCCUCAACAUUUGCCCUCUACAGAAGAAUUUUCUCCUGUGAAUCGUGACUGGAGGUGGGGAGAAGCCAUGAACAGCACCGUCACUUUACCCUCUGAGGAGAGCUCGGCUCAGGGUGGGAGCAACAAUGGCGAUGUCUCAACGAAAAAACGGAGGAGUAGCAAGUUGGUCGGGAUGAGUGGUCUGAGAGAUAUGUUGAGGUCGUUAAAGAGAAGUCAAGUUGAACAUCCUCCAGUGCCUGCCUCUUCUACUUCUUUGAGCACCGAGUCGUCCGUGGACAGUACGGGAAGUCAUCGGUAUCCUCACGGAAAAAUCACGACUUAUGGACGAAGACGAGCCAAGACAAGUUCUGGGCCUGAGCUGGUUCGUACUGGUUCGCCGUACAACGUUUCAUCUUCUCUUUCAGCAAAGCAAUCCCCUCGGAGACCGUCGUUAGCAUCAAUUUUCCGAAUAGGCCAGAAGAGCAAACAGACGAUACCCUCCACAACUCAGAACACUAGCACAGUAGACCUAUCAGUGGAAGAUCUUCACCAUCGUACUCGGGAAACCAGCAGUUCUACUGGUGAAGGUGACGACGAUUGGGAUCAUGUCUCUGAACUUGAUCAUAAUGGUGCUAGAGCACGUGAAGUCCCUACAAUUCGCGGUCGAUCACCUUACCUGCAGGACGUGCAACUCCCUGGUGGCCCACCCAGCCGACCGCAAACACCUAGGACGCAGAGAUCGUCAAGUGCCUCGCAUUCUCAGACUUCUCUCCAGCGGGAAGGAUUACCUCCUGCUUCUGUAGGUGUUCCCACUCGGACUAACCGACUUUCCAAUGUCGAAGAAAUCGUCGAAUACAAUAAAACUCCGCGAGUGAAGAAUGCGGCCGGCAAAGCAUCUUCAAAUUCUUCUAGGCCUCCCUCCAGGUCGAAGAAUGGGUCGAAGACAGGAUCGGUACGAUCCAUGCCUCAGCCGUUGGGAGGUUUGCCCGAUGCAAAGCUGGCGAUGACACCUGAAAAUAUUAGACCUUUGUUAGAAAAUUCGAAAGAAGUGCACGCCCGGCUCACGGAGUGCAUAGCAGAAAUCCGGCAGUUGCUCGCAGUAGACUAGAAUUGCCACGGACUCUCCUCAUCUUUUUUGGUCUUCCGUUACCCUUUCACCCACUGUAGUAUUAUCCAAGUUUUCGCAUUUGCUCUGGUGUUGCUCUCUAGUAUCUACCUUCAUGUAGAAUCUAAUACGUAGUCCAUGUUAUGUAAUACAAUCACAACUUUCAAUGUUUGUAGUAAAAUGCUACAGCA